GAGGCGUCGUUGGUCAAACACAUGCAUUCUGGUUGGAUUGAGAUGGGGGAUUUCUAACUACCUUGGGUCAAUUGAAGGAAUGCACAAUGAUAAACCCCCCGAGUUUUAGGCAGGCAACCCAGAGAUUGAUGCUCGGAUGGCUUACGCCUACGUUCGGUACUAGCGUGGUCCGCAAACUCCGCUUUCUUGUUAUCCCGGUGGUGCUAACCCGGUGAGGAAUGCGAAGCUAUCCGAAGCUUCGAUGUCGUGGUGUAUAAAGAUGAUUGGAUCUUUUCGACAGGUGAUUGAAACCACUGGCGUUUGUUUCAUUUCAUAACCUCGCAAGGGAGCUGUCCACCAUAUUCUUUCUUGACUCAAGCUUUCUCUCGCGAUUUCAAUCCUCAUCAAAAACAUACACAAAAUGGUCACCCGCGCCCAAGUCCAACACUCCAACGCCGCCCUCACGGCACAAACCGCGCCCCGAACGGCCGUCUUCUUCGGCGGGACAUCGGGUAUCGGCAAGCUCACCCUCAUCGAGCUCGUGUCCCUCGGCCAUCCCAUCCGGGUCUACAUUGCGGGCCGGAAAGCAACAGAGCCGGCGAUGAGGCCUGUCCUCGAGGACCUACGACGAAAGAACCCCCGGGCCGAGUUGGUUUGGGUCGAGGCGGAGGUUUCGUUGUUGGCUGAGACGAGGAGGGUGUGUGAGGUUGUUAAAGAGAAAGAGACGAGUCUUAUUUUUUUGUGUUUGACGGCUGGGUAUGCGCCUUUUGGGGGGCGGAACGAUACUUCGGAAGGGAUAGAUGUCUGCCAUUCUCUGGAGUACUACUCCCGCAUGCUCGCAACCCUCCACCUCCUCCCCCUCCUCCGCGCCUCCGCAUCCGCAUCCACCUCAACCUCAUCCUCCCCCGGCCCCACCCCGCGCGUCCUCACCGUCCUGGCAGGAAGCAUGCUCUCCACGCGCAUCGACGCAACAGACCUCAACCUCACGCGCUCGUCGCCCAGCAGCGGCAGCAGCAGACUCUUUGGCUUCAAGACGCAGACGCACAUGGCAAUCAUGAACACCCUCUUUCUAGAUACACUCGCCGCCGACCCGGCUAAUGCGGGAGUCGGGUUCGUGCAUAAUUGGCCUGGGGCGGUGGAUACGGGGAACAUGGCGCGGUAUCAUACGCCGACGUGGUGGAGUCCGUUCCCGUUGACGAACUUGUUGAGGCCGUUGUUUUUGGUGAUGGGGUUUGAGGAACGGGAGGCGGGAGAGAGGCAUGUUUAUUUGGGGACGAGUGGACGGUUUGGUGGGAGGAAUGAACAGAAGGAAGGGGAGGGGGAAAAGGGAUGUAAGAACACGAGGGGGGAGGAGGGGAGGAAUGGGUUGUUUUUGGUGAAUCAUAAGGGGGAGGUUUCGUAUAGUGAGAGUGCUUUGGAGGCGUUGAGGGGGGAUGUGCAGGGGAAGGUUUGGGAUUUGACGAUGGAGAUUUUGGGGCCAUUUUUGUGAGGUGUCUUUCUGGGUUGGUGGUUGAGGGAGGGUAUACCGGGACUUUUGAGGUAUGGAUGACAAGAUUGAUGCAGGGCUUUUGUGGUUACGGCUGAGGUCAUUCAUGCAGAUGAACUAUCUCCUACUAUUGUCUUGAUGGACGGACCCCUAAUAUCUUAAUCUGGGUCAAUUUGAAUUGAUUUUGUGUAUUUUGACAAGGCUAUGACACAUGAUGACUGAAAUUGUUUGGAGAUUAUAUGGCCAUGGUUGUGUCCUAGUGCUGAAUUCAGUCUUUAUAUAAGACUUCCCAUGAGAGUAGUACCUAGCACCAUGAUCGAAGCUACUUUAGUUGAUAGUCUUGCCUCAACUUCGGUCUUCAAAUAUUGUGUUGACUAUUUAUUCUGGAUAAUCGUGCCGAGAAGGAGUUU